AUGUCAAAGAGACGAUCUUUACUAGAAGUCAAUCAACGAGAAUUACUUCAGAGGACACGAGGUGUUGAAAAUGGUAGAAUAAGAUAUAGAUCAUCCAAAAGGAUACAUGUCCAGGAGCAAGCAAAAAAGCAGAGAACACUUACGGAGUUUAACAUUCCUACCACAUCGGUCCUGACUGUGAAGAAUAAGAGACCAAUUUCUGAAAGGGUAACUGAGUCUAUUGAACUUCUCAGUGAUGAAGAAUCGCUUAAUGGUACCGAUAAGAAUAUACAAGCAUUCUAUACACAGGAAACUAAUACCAUUGUCAUUGAUGUAGAAGAUGGAGAUAGUAGUUUUUCCACUGAAUGUAAUGUGGUAGAUAAGUCGGAAGUGUAUGACGGAUGCAGUAAAUCACUAAAUCUAUCAAAUACAAAACCAUCUCAAAGGGAAUGCUAUAAUGAUGAUCAUCUCAAAAUAAAAUCAUCAACUGGGAGCAUAAACCGGGGACAUAACUUGAAGACUAGCAACAGUAAUUCAGAGAAGGGUGAAACAAAAACACCUAAUACUAGCCUCAUGAAAACAGAUCAUAGUGAUCGUGAUAUAAAAAACAUUCCCCAGCGAAACAUAACUACUAAACCAAUACUGGAAUGCCCUAUUUGCUCUAAGAAUCUGACUGGUAUGAAACUUUUUCAACGUGAAGCUCAUUGUGAUAACUGCUUUGAACAAAAGCCAUUAUCAAAUUUCAUUGAAGGCAGAUCUGCCAUGGUAUGUCAAUCUAAAAAGAUUCAAACUCAUUUGGAAUCUACAGUAGAGAAGGAAGUGGGUGAUAAACCAAAUCCUAUAAGUAAAUCAAAGAAUCCUCGAAGAAAUAGGAUCCCAGAGAGUUUUAAAAUUUUGACUUUUACAUCAGGUUACCAGAUUAUCGUGGAUGGUUUCACCUAUCCUUUAAAGGAGGAUAAUAAGAUAAAGGAUUUCUUUCUAUCACACUUUCACUCAGAUCAUUACAUUGGGUUAAAAAAAUCAUGGACCUCAGGCAAUUUGUACUCAUCUCCAGUUACUUAUGAGCUUUUAAAAUAUAGGUAUACACCUAAGAGAAAAACUAAUGAAGAUAAUGAAAAUAUCACAAAUUGCUUAAAAGCAUUAAAACCAUACAACCGGGUAUGGCUAACUGACACCAUUAGUGUAACAACCUUGGAUGCAAAUCACUGUCCAGGUGCAUCUCUCUUUUUGUUCGAAGAAUGGGACUCUAUGAAAACUGGAAUUUUGAAAACAAUACUUCAUACUGGUGAUUUUAGAAGUGAUGACAAACUAAUUGAGGAAGUCCUUAAAUAUACAAAUCAUAGAGAAAUAGACGAAAUUUAUCUUGAUACCACGUAUCUUCUCUCAACGUUUACCUUUCCUGCACAAGAGGAGUUACUCAAUAUGGUUGCCAGGUUUAUUGAAACAAUCAAUAACCCAAAUUUCCGACAAUCUUUCUUUGGAGAUAAACAAAAGUCCAUAUUCCAUUUUAUGAGUUUACCAUCAUCUAUAGAUAAAAAAUCAGAGAUACCUAUGCUUUACUUAGUUGGUACAUAUUCUAUUGGGAAGGAAAAACUGGCAAUCAAGAUAGCGGAAACCCUGAAUACUAAAAUUUAUGUACAAUCUAAUUCAAUCAAGAGAAAAAUGGUAAGCAUAUAUUGGGACCAAUGCUUUGACAACUCUCUACUGACUGACGAUCCAUCUGAAUCACAAAUUCAUCUUGUUUCUUUGAAGGUACUACGUGAUUUCAAUGCUAUUGAUAACUAUUUGAAGACAAUCAAAGAACUUACUGGUAAUAAAAUAAAAUACGAUAAUGUAUUUGGUUUUAUCCCAACUGGCUGGACGUUUGGAAAUAGGUACAAAAAAGACUUUCAAUAUGAUGGAGAACUGUCUUAUGAUGAUAACUUCAAACUCAGGGUAAAGUAUUGCAUGGAUUUGUUAAAACAAGAUGAAGCUAGGCCAACCCAGAAUUUUGCAGACGUAAGUAGCCUUGAAUGGUUGCGAAUGCAAUACAAACCCAGGGAGAGGUACCAAAUUUUUCGGGUACCCUAUUCGGAACAUAGCAGCUUUAGGGAGCUCCUAAAGUUUUGUAUUUCAGUACCUAGUAAAAAUAUCAUUUCAACAGUCAAUGUUGACAAUGGUGUCAAUAGUGCUGAAACCAGUGAGUGGUUUAAGGCGUUCAAAUAUAUUCGUAAUAAACUUAGCAACAAUUAA